AAAAAAAAAUUAUAAAAAAAAAAAAAAAAACUAAAAAACAAAAAAAUGGCUGCCGGAAAAGGAGGAAAAGGAGGAAAAGGAAUGGGAAAAGUUGGUGCUAAAAGACACUCUAGAAAAUCAAAUAAAGCUUCUAUUGAAGGAAUUACUAAACCUGCUAUUAGAAGAUUAGCUAGAAGAGGUGGAGUAAAAAGAAUUUCAUCUUUCAUUUAUGAUGAUUCAAGAUAAGUAUUAAAAUCUUUCUUAGAAAGUGUUGUUAGAGAUGCUGUUACAUACACUGAACAUGCCAGAAGAAAAACUGUUACUGCUAUGGAUGUUGUUUAUGCCUUAAAGAGAUAAGGAAGAACUUUAUACGGAUUUGGUGGUUGAAUAUUUUUUUUUAAAAAAAAAAAAAUAAAAAAUAAAAAUUUAAGGAAAAUAAUAAUAAUAUAAAAUUGUUGUUGUUUUUUUAUUGUUUUUUUUGCAUUUUUUUUGGUUUUAAAAAAGAGUUAUUUCUUUAUUUUUUAUUUU